AUGUACUCAACUAGCCAACAACCAGCGGUGAAUGAUGUCUUGGUGGGGUCGUUUUUGAGGCUUUUCAACCUUGGACUACAACUCCCAGGAGUCUUUGGGAAGGCGGAAACCCGACGUGUCGACUACUCGAGCCAAAGAGUCAAGCGGAGCGGCCCUUCCAUCGGGCUCAAACUACAGCCGGCAUGCUUUUGUUCACGUUUUACUUUUAGAAAUUUCAUCUUACACACACACAAGCGAGCCACCAUGGGCACGGUCUUUGCCAUUAUUCUGGUCUUUGUCGGGUGUUGUAGCAAUGUGGUGUUUCUGGAGCUGCUUGUGAGAGAUUUCCCGGGAUGCGGCAACAUCGUCACAUUUGCGCAGUUUCUGUUCAUCGCCUUGGAGGGAUUCAUCUUUGAGACGCGUCUGGGCAGCAAGAAGCCCGCCAUCCCCAUCAGAAACUAUGUGAUCAUGGUGACCAUGUUCUUCACGGUCAGCGUGAUCAACAACUACGCUCUCAACUUCAACAUCUCCAUGCCUCUGCACAUGAUCUUCAGAUCGGGCUCUCUGAUCGCCAACAUGAUCCUGGGCAUCGUCAUCUUGAAGAAAAGGUAUCCGCCCAGCAAAUACGUCUCCAUCGCUUUAAUCUCCGCCGGCAUCUUCAUCUGCACCGUCAUGUCGGCCAAGCAAGUGAAUGCGGCCGACGUGGGCUCGGAGGAGGAGCGAGGCUUUCGCGCCUUUGUGCGCUGGCUCGUGGGAAUCGCCAUGUUGACCUUCGCUCUGCUGAUGUCGGCGCGGAUGGGCAUUUUCCAGGAGACGCUCUACAAGAAGUACGGAAAACACUCCAAAGAGGCGCUCUUUUAUAACCACUUCCUGCCUCUGCCGGGCUUCCUGCUCCUCUCCGCCGACAUCUCCAACCACUGCGUUUUCUUCAGUCAGAGCACUGCGGCGCUUGUUCCGCUCCUCCGUGUGCAAGUUCCAAUCAUGUGGCUCUACCUGCUGGCCAACGUGGUCACGCAGUACGUGUGCAUCCGCGGCGUCUUUGUGCUGACCACCGAGUGCGCCUCGCUCACCGUCACCCUGGUGGUGACUCUGAGGAAGUUUCUCAGCCUCAUGGUCUCCAUCGUGUACUUCCAAAACCCCUUCACGGCGUGGCACUGGGCAGGCACGGGCGUGGUCUUCGCCGGCACGCUGCUCUACACCGAGGUGUGGAGCGGCUUGACGGCGCCCAAGAAGAAGGCCCGCUGACGAAGCACAUUCUUUGCGGCUACCCUUUGAAAAGCGGCGGCGGCGGCGAUGGCAAGGAACCGACCGAGUAGAAAUUGCUGCAAAAAUGUUCAGCUAGCUUCACUUUGCUGACUGUUUACAUUUAGGACCUCAUUUCAGAGCCCAUGUGAUGUGUGCUGGCCUCUUUGUUGCGUAGUCAAAAUAGGAUUGUUCCUUUUUUCACCUUAGCAGUGCUACGGGAUCACAGUUUUGGUUCAGGGGCGUAAACGUCAAGUGGACGUGAACCACUAGCGAAGUGGAACGAACUUUGGUUUCCUCGGAUUUCCAAGUUCAAAAAGGGAGUUGUAGUUGUUUUUUUUGUUUUUUUUUAAUGAGGUCUUUUAAUGUGCCACCUUAUCAAAUGACAUUAUUGUAUGCAAUUGACAAUAAAAUGUCAGUACAUUUGGACUCAA